CGCCAAUUCAAGUACAAGAUGGACCCUUCCCAACCCGACGGCGAUGACCACAUUCACGACGACGAGGCGCACGACGACGACGAGCACGACGACAAGCCCGCUCCAUCCUCGGACGUGCGCUAUGCGCUUCCAGACGCGCAGAUGCGGCCACCUGUUGCGCUUCACGACAUGCUGCAGCGUGCAGUGCAACUGCACCUCAUUCACGCGAACACCGUGACUGACUUCCUCGCACGAAGUGCAGCAGCAGGCAUCUCGAUGCCGAUGAUUCCCCCAGUUCCUGACAAUGCGACCUCAGGGAAUCCCAAUGCCGAUCAAGAAACAUUCACGCCGUUGAUUCGGUUGAAUGUGAGCCACAACCGUGCCACGUUUGGGGACUUCAAGCUCCUCGCGUUCGCGCUUAAGCGCCUCGCGAUGCUGUCGGGCUUCGAAGUGCGCGUCAAGUACUCGUCCAAGCGCAAUAAGCGUUGGGAGUGUCGCGUGAAAGGUCGCAUGUCGUUGUUCUGGCUCAGUUCAACCAUGCCAUCGUAGACUGCCCGUUCUUGAUCAGUGGAUACCGCAACAAGGACAACAAGGUGCACGUCACGGACAUCGAGCUUAUGCACAACCACUCGCUGAAUCACCCGCUGUACCCAUCAGCCCCCGCGGCCACCGACGCUUCGAACGACGAAGAUGGCCCGAAACCGGCGGAAAAAGUGGCGCGUAACACGACGCUGUCGAUUGAACUCGUCCUCGCGAGCAUCUUCGACUCGGAGACCGGCCAGGACGUGAUGUCCAAGGAUCCCGAGGAGAUGCGGCUCAAGUACAUUCAGUCGAUGCUGUACCAACAGUACGGCGCGACCAUCUCGACGUCGAUGGCGUCGCGGGCCAAGAAGAAGUUUGUCGAUAUGUUUUAUGAGCCGUCCAUUUCGAGCUACCAGCUCCUGCGGCCGUACUUGGAGAAGUGCGUCGCGACGAAUCCUGGCUCAUUCUACAUCAUCGACCACAUUCCAAACGCCACGUCAGGCGGCGCAUUCGAGUACGGACGGUGCUUGCUUGGUGUUGGCCCUGCUUUCCGCAUGCUGCCCGACGCUGCGCCCCUCAUCGUCCUCGAAGCGGCUCCCAUGAACUCGGACAUGAACAAGGUGGGGCACCUCCUCGUUGCCAGCACCCGCGACUACAAUAACGACCCCAUCUACCUCGCACUGGCCCACGUCCCUGCCACCGACGACGUCAACUGGGCGUGGUUCCUCCAGCAUCUCAAAGACAACAGCGUUCCCCUCUCCAAGCACACGACCUUCCUCACCGAUGGCUCGAUGGCUAUAUCGCAAGCUCUGCUCCAAGUUUUUCCAUACCAACCGCACCGAUACGCGAUUUUGCAGCUGCUUCAGAUGGUGUGCCAAAUGAGUGGCCAAGCGCGCCUCACGCCGGAAGAAGAGCAUCUCGUGCUGCAGAUGGCCAACAGCAUCAACAUGGAUCGAUACAUGGAGUCGUUCUCGAUGCUGUGGUCGCUCAACAAAGAUUUGUGUCGGUGCUUGGAAGGCAUCCCCAAGGAGCACUGGGUCGUGGCUGCCAUGAUCGAGCGAGGGUGGCCGACGCAUCGAGAUAUUUCUCUGCGCCAUUGCGUCGGGGACUUUGUCAAGUCGACCUUGGGCAGCCUCCUGUGCAGCUGCAACCUCGUCCCGUGCUUCUACCUCGUCCUCCUAUCGCUCCAACGCGCGGCAGUCAGUCGGUUUAAUGCGAUCGCACUCCACAGCGACAUGAUUCUCUUGCCGUACCAGCAAACCGUGCUCAACCAACGCUUGUCCGAAAGCGCUCGGUUCGAAAUUGUCGAAUGCCGGCCCCAAGAAGUGUACUUUGCCCAUGUCGCGACGACUUCAAAUGCCCACCACAAGGCGUACAAGAUCGUAAACGUCCGAGACAACACGUGCACGUGCGGCGACUGGCAGCAAUUCCACUUGCCCUGUGCGCACGGCCUCGCUGUCUUUGCCGCCCUCAACCGAAACGUUUGGGAAUGCAUCCAUGACCAGUACUUUGUGCGAAAGCACAAGAUGCUCUACUCGUUCUCGAGAAGUGCCCCCAUCGUGCCCCCGUCUCCAGUCGACCUGACCCCCGACCACACGAUGAGCGCACCCGCGGCGGUCCUCGAGAUUAUUCGACAUCGCGAAGCGGCCCAGGCGAGUAUAGCUUCAGAUGGGACGGGCAAAAACAAGCCUGGCCCACGUCCCAAGAAGCGCAAGGAGGUCAGCAGCGCGCCCCACACCGCGGUCGUGGGACUCGUUGUCUAGUUACUUGAGCACAGUCGCACCAAAAGCCUUGGCAUACGCCAUGCCGGCCGCAUCUUUGAUCUUUUCGGACGCCAUUGCGGCCGACGCCACGACCUUUUCCGCUCCCGGCCGCAUCUUUUCUCCGAUCGCGUCGGUCGUUUUUUGAGUCUUUGUCAAUAAAUCUCGCUUCUGAA